UGCAUUUCUGGAACUGCGCAGACACUUUGAUGCGAUGGGAGUCUUUGGGAGUUUCACGCCGUCAUGUCCUAGCGACCAGCAUUGCUCGCAAUGGGCUCAAAUGCAUCUUUUCAGUGUGAAGGAGACAACUUCUUUCACGUUGGGUAUGAUCAGUGUUGCUACUUGGGUUGUGGCUGAGAUUCCUCAAAUCAUCACGAACUUCAGAAACAAAUCCACCGAAGGCCUCUCUACCUUUUUCUUGACGACAUGGAUUCUCGGAGAUCUAUUCAACCUCAUAGGCUGCUCGUUAGAACCUGCUACUCUUCCAACUCAAUAUUAUACAGCAGUGCUGUAUACCUUUAUAACUCUUGCACUUACUUUGCAAACCAUAUACUACGGAUACAUACAUCCUCGACUCGAAUGCUACAGACAGAACAAGGCUGAGGCAUCAAAAGCUGCACGAAGCAGUAAUGAAGGGACGAAAAGCACUGAUAUUGCUUACCAGCGCAAUGGGGCCGAAGCUUUCAGCACAGACAGCGGCUACAGUUCUCCUAUUCCCCUUCCAGCCCUUCCUCGGAUGUUCACUGGAGAAUUAUACUACCAGUCCGCAAGAUCUCUUUCAACAAGUCAUACUCCCACGGCUGGAUCUGUCUUAGCCCAGAGGAUGUCCCCUACUUCUGCAGACAAUUUUGAUUCUAAAGCGGAGCCCUUGCUUGCUCCAAUUGUUUCACCAGAGUCUGCGCCAGCUCUGAAGAUAAAAAACACACUAUGUUUGGUGUCUGCAUUUACCUUACUUGCCGGUUUAAAUCUGAUUCAAUCACCAGAUACAAGACCCAAUGCCAUGGUCAAAUCUCCGAGGCAUGAAUUUGUGAUACUAGUUGGUAGAAAGCUUUUUCAGCAAAUACAGGUUAAUGGGGUUCAGUUGCCAGAGCAUGACUCGGAAGGGAGCAGUGGCAUUGGGGUUCUACUUGGUUGGGCAAUGGCAGCAUUGUAUAUGAGCGGUAGACUUCCUCAGAUUCAUUUAAAUAUAAAAAGGGGUAAUGUUGAGGGUCUCAAUCCUUUGAUGUUUUUAUUUGCUUUGAUUGGGAACGGCACUUACGUAGGAAGCAUACUAGUGAGCAGUAUGGAAUGGUCAAAAAUUAGACCAAACCUGCCUUGGCUCGUGGAUGCUGCAGGAUGUGUCCUUCUUGAUAUUUUCAUUUUAAUCCAAUUUAUCUACUUCCACCAUCGGGCAUCCAAAGUCAGGAAAAGCAAAACUGAACAUCAGAGCCUUGCUUAAUUGGGGAGCAAACAGGGAUUUUCAGCUUUUGUUCGAGUUUAAGAUUGCUUUAAACGAAGAUAUCCUAGUAGUCCAUGAAACUGACCCAAACACGCAUGACUGCGAAGCUGAAAUAGAUUCUCUGGUGAAGAAUGAUGGCCACUAAUAAACUGUUAGGGAUCGUUGUCCUUACCUCCAUAAAAGGAUAAAUAUCAGGCAUCCCCUUCGGUUGAGGGCCUACGAUUGUUUAUGACUUCGAAAACUUUUUCAUUCCCCUUAAAUGUGCUAUAGCAUUUGCGUCUUUGAAGACAUAAGCAGAAUCACUUCUUUUAUAUGCGCAUUUUCUGAAUUCUGAGCUAUUAUACUUGAACUCUAUAUUCACCCAACUUCUUCAUUUCUCUAUAGUUCUAGUUAAGGGUUUUCUUUUCUUUUCGUCAAUUGAGUAUUGAGACAAACGAGACAAUGUGAACAUGAAUGAAUAGUUAUGUUAUUCCCUUGUUGGGAA